AGCAAAAAUUCCAACCCGACCUAGCGUUCAUGUCAUUUUUCCGCUAUCGGAGGUCAGAAAUUUCCGAAGGUCCGAUGUGCAUGAACGCACUAAUAGAUGCUGGUUUCCAGCCUGAGCUGCCAGGCGAAAGUCAAAUUCCUUUGAAGUUAAGGCAGGGUUCACCCAGCCAAUUACAGCUCAUCAGUGCUGCAGAAAGUUCCAAAUAUGAAUGGGCCUUCCCAACGUUCGAAGCGGAUCUCGGAUAUGUGCUCGGGCCCGUCAUCGCUGCUUGCGGCUGCAUUUUGAAUCCUUUGCAUUUGCAGCAUCAAAAACUCCAUGAUAACGUUAACGUUAUGUUUUUGAGACUUCGAGAUCUAGCUAAGUUAGUCUGCUGAUCAAACAACGUGGUAUAGGCUGGCAUGUUGUCUAGUCUGCCGUGGCUCAAAGUAAAUUUCACGAGAAGCGCGUUUUAGACAUCUUAUUUUAGUUUAAGACAGUAAGCUGAUUCGGAUCAUCUUGGUGCUGCAUUGUCAUUGUAGUAUUAUUAUGCAAUAAGGUAGGCUACGAAAAGGGCUAACGUUAAGUUAAUCAACUAAACCGGCAAGCAUAUUAUGUAUAACAGCUCGUUCGCUUGCGUACAGAGGUUGGAGCUCACAUAGCAGCUACCAGAAUUUAACGUUAAACCAAAACAUCAAAUGUAGGCUAUGUGUGGGUGUUAUAACUAGACGGCUGUCUAACUGGUGUGCUAGUUGGGCCAGUGGGUUGAACCCAGAAAGUCUUUUUAGCGUUACGUUAGUUCGAAAGGUCGUCUGCGCAGAACUAUAGGAUAGCUAACUUGUCCACCUAGUCAUGUCUUUUAUGUCGGCUUCAAAGCGACUGUUGAUGUUAUCCUCGUCACAAAGUUUAGCACUCUGCAGAUGUAUCACAACUAACAUUUCUUCAAAAAGGUCCUUCGCAUGUGUACAAGCUCGGACUUUCCGUCGAGGAAUAUGUACGACUGUCACCCAACCUUUAAGGUCAGAAAAUAAGGUAACUGUGAACUUCAUUAAUCGUGAUGGAGAGAAGAUUACAGUAAAGGGCAACCCUGGAGACACCUUACUGGAUAUAAUCGUUGACCAAGACUUGGAUUUUGAUGGAUUUGGAGCCUGUGAGGGAACUCUGGCCUGCUCCACCUGCCAUGUCAUUUUUGAUGAGGAGGUGUUCAAGCAGCUGGGUCCAAUAACAGAUGAGGAGAUGGAUAUGCUGGACCUUGCUUAUGGCUUGACUGAAACGUCCCGCCUGGGUUGUCAGAUAUGCCUGACAAAGGCACUAGAUGGCAUGACUGCACGGGUGCCGGAGAGUGUGGCUGACAUCAGACAGUCUGACGGCUCUGCCUAGAGUCUUCCUCCCCCUGUCGAUCAUCCUGUGGAAUUGCUAUCAUCUAGUAGCAAACAAUGUCAUGAAUAGAACUAAUGGAAAGACAUAACACCAGAAUUGGUGUGUGUGUGUGUGUGUGUGUGUGUGUGUGUUGCCAUGCCACCCUGACUUCUGUCCAGUGAGUUGAGGCAUAAACAGCAUCAUGUGGGUUUACUCAAGCUGAAAUUUGAAUCAAAAUAGAUGUUGUACCUGAAAUGCAAAGAGUAAAUUCACAUUAAGGGAAGUGAAUGUUUCAAACUUGAACUAACUUUUAAAUUAAUAAUAUAUCCAUCAAGUGAUUUCACUGUACUGCGGUAGGCUAUUAUCUGAUAUUUGGCUAAUGUACAGUGCCUAUAGAAAGUUAUCA